AUGGCAUCUCCAACAAAAGUACACAUGAGGUCUCCAUUGAAGGAGACCGAUGCUAAUAUGAAACAAUUAAUUCAACCUAUAAAGAAACGUCUAAUAGAACAAAUUGACCUUGAUGAUAUAGAUGAAAAAAAUAAUAAUGAUAAUGACAAGAAUAACAACAACAAAAAGGAAGAAGAUAACAAGGAUGAUGAAAAAUACUACAAUAAUACUCCAGAUAAAUGCCGACAAACGACCGACUAUUUAGUAAAAAGACCCAAAAUUGAACGUGCCAGAUCCAUCGAAGGCGCUGUACUUGUUAGCAAGAAAGCUGUAUUGAAAACUAUUGAGCCAAAAGUAACGCAGAAGGAUUUAUUAGAAUGGCAAAAUAAUUGGAGGAAAAUAAUGAAAUAUGAUUCUAAGAUUUAUUUUGACAUUACUGAAGAUCCUGAGACAACAGUUCCUCAGAAAAGAAUUUUAGAUAAGAAACAAGAAUUAUUGAAGAGAGGUUUCCUUUCAUUGGGUGCUAAGAUUACAUCAUUUUUUGAUAAUAGUGUCACCAUUGUUAUCACCAGAAGAGAUACCACUAGUUUAGUAUAUUUAAAUUCAAAUGAUGUAUUGAGACGCGCAAAAAGGCACUACAUGAAAUUAUGGAUGUAUGAAAAAGCUGCACGUUUCUUGGGGAAUUUAGAUGUCGACCUUGAAGAAAUUGCAAAUACUUACAAUUCGAGUAUAGCAACAACUACAUUAUCUAAUUUAUUACAGAAUGAAAAACUUUAUGGUCCAAAUGACAGAGAUCCUAGAACUAAAAGGGAUGACACACAUUAUUUCAAAUAUCCUCAUGUUUAUUUGUAUGAUCUAUGGCAAACAUGGUCUCCAGUAAUUACAUUAGAAUGGAAAUACUCAGCUGUACAAAAGAAGGAUGAAUUACCAUAUCCAACAUUAAAAGGUGGUUCAUUUGGUAGAUGUCCCUUUGUUGGUGAUAGAAACUGUAAUGAAAGUGGAUAUAAACGUGUUGUUAAACGUUACGCUCGUGACAAACUAAAUAAAAAUUACGCUAUUAAAUUGCGUAAACUUUAUCAAUUGCAAGCAACACCAUAUCCAGUGGCGGAUGAAGAAGUAAUCUUUCUUCCCCAUGAUGAUAAUGAUUCUAAAUCAGUAUAUAAUAAAUGGCAAACGUUCAAAAAGACUUCAGAGAAACAUCCUGAAGCAUCAUAUGAUGAAGACUUCGAUAAUUCAAACAAUAGUUUUUCAGGAGAUCCAAGAAGGGGCAAAUCGGAUGGGCAAACCAGGAAAAUUGCAGAAGAUGGUGUAUUCAAGACCGAACCAAAGGAUAAAUUAGUAUUUGAUUCUUCUAAAAAUAUGAUUAAUGUAUUGGAUGCAGCUAAUAAUAAAUAUUCUGAAACCACACAUUUUCCAAACAAACCAGGCGUGUAUAAGGAACCUCCUACGCCAAAAUUAAAAAGACCGGUUUUAGCAUCAUUUACAAGACAAGACACCGAAGAUUAUUUUCCAGAUGAUCUAUGUAACUCGAAGAGACAGUCACACAUUAACUACGAAAUAAAAGCUAGUGGUGCCCAUCAAUCAAAUGAUGUUGCCACAUCUUUUGGUAACGGUUUGGGUCCAACAAAGGCUAGUGUUAUGAGCAAAAAUAUUAAAACUCUAAGCAGAUUUGUUGUUGACAGAAAACUAACCAUACCAAGCACAAGGAAGUUAGGAGCUGGAAAACUAGUGGAUUCGCAACAGUUGAACCAAAACAAUGUCGACAAAAAUAUCAAUGACAAAAACGCUGUGAUGUCUAUUGCUACGAGUUAUAGUAACGGUGCUAGUAUUAAAAAUAACGCUACCACUUUACGAAGUGUAAACAGUGGUCACGCAACUGCCAAUCCACAGCCUCCUAAAGCACCAGUUUCACAACCAAAGGUGAUACCUAAAGAUUCUGGUUAUUGUGAAAAUUGUAGAGUUAAGUAUGAUUCUUUAGAGAGUCAUCUUCAAUCAGAAAAACACAUUUCAUUUGCAGAUAACUCUAUGAAUUUCGAGGCUAUCGAUACGUUGAUUGGCAAAUUAAAGUUUCAAUUCUAA